AUGGCUUCUCAGGGUGCUGAUGGUGGUCAAUCUAAAAGUUUAUCUCAAGUUAUAGAUGAGAUAAAUAAAGGUCAAGAUUUUAGGGUUGUUUCUAAGGCUGAAUAUGAUAAAUUUAUUGAUUUUCAAAAGUCUUCUUUCUCACAUAGUACACCUCAUUUGAGUAGUAAACCUAAUGUAGGAAGAGUGAUGAUAAUUACAAUGAAGGGCACAUUAAAAAGGAUUCUUUUUAACUCUACAAUCCUUGGUGCUCACUACAAUCCCAAACUUCCAAUUUUUAGUGGUUCUGAAGAUGUACCUAAGGGUGAGGUCAAGUUUGAUGUUUGGCAAUUUGAAGUCAAAUGUUUAAUAAGUGACAGCCAUACUCCACAGUCCCUUAUUCUUCAAGCUAUCAGAAACUCUCUGAAAGGUCACGCUAGGUCCAUGUUGGUUUCUGUAGGAGAACAUGCAACUCCUUCAGAUAUUAUAAAAAAAUUAGAUGUUUUUUAUGGAACUGUAGAAAGUGGUGAGGACUUGAUGCAGUUGUUUUAUAAUGAUUGCCAGAAACCAACAGAAACUAUUGUUUCCUUUGAAGUUCGGUUGGAAGAAACUCUUUCUAAGGCAGUUCAAAAAGGUCACAUUGAUAAUGUUGCGAAAGAUUCGAUGCUUCGCAACAAAUUAUGGAUAGUGGUACAACAACAAGUAGGUCAAGUAGAAAAUCAGAAUGAUUCAAAUGCUCUGGUUUUAAAACAGUUACAAGAGCUUAUGAACAGAAUGAAGACAUUAGAAACCAAAAUGAAGUCUUCAUCUGCAAGUAACCAGCAGCAAUUCAGAAACAAUAGUUUUUCUGGUGGUUACAGUAGAGGUAGGUUUUAUAACUACAAUCAGAAUAGGGGUAGGUACAAUAAUUCUGGUCAGUAUAGGGGCCAAGGUAGAGGUUAUGGUAGAGGUUUUAGAAAUGGAAGUAACAGAGGUAGUACCAAUGGCCAAGGUAUUACCCCUGAUAGUUCAAAGGAUGUUAAACCACAGCCUGAUCCUUUAAACUAA